AUGUUGACUAGUCCGCGGUUCAGACUCCCUGGCUCAACGCACUGCGAUCCAUCGGUCUCGUGGGCAUUUGAGCGACAGAUCUCCCGCGGUUCCUGGGCAUUGACACCGCUAUCAUGUCUUGGAAACUCACCAAAACGUCGAAGCCAGGGUAGCCCGAAUGAGCUUACUGACUGUUUGCCUUCGACUUCAGAGCUGAAGGAGACGCAUUUGGCGCCUCUGGCGACAUUUGGUCGCUCAUCGUCGACCUCCACGAUCAAGAAUGAAUCGCAUAGCAAUGGCGGCGACGAGACUCCGGCUUCCGUUCAGGCCAACAACAGCACCACUCCAACCACGUCCUCAAAUGGCAUCGCUGCAUCAGAGUCUCUCGUCUCACCCCCUGUAGCACCCGUCAAGCCCGGUAUCCUGAUCGUCACACUUCACGAAGGUCAAGGCUUCUCCUUGUCCCCUCACUACCAGCAGAUCUUCAAUUCUCACUUCCAAAACAACUCAUAUGCUCCGUCAUCCCUACGACCCAGCACCUCCUCUUCGUCGCACUCCUCCCACGGCCAGGCGGGCUCCUUUGUGCAGUCGAGUCGUCCGCAGUCGACCAGCGGUGGCUUGAAUGCCCCCACCAUUCAUGGCCGUUACUCCACCAAGUACCUGCCGUAUGCUCUCCUGGAUUUCGAAAAAAACCAGGUCUUCGUCGAUGCUGUUUCUGGCACACCGGAUGCUCCUCUCUGGGCGGGCGAUAGCACUGCGUUCAAGUUUGAUGUGUCCCGUAAGACCGAAUUGAAUGUGCAGUUGUACUUGCGAAACCCUGCUGCUCGUCCUGGCGCUGGUCGUAGCGAGGACAUCUUCCUGGGCGCCACCAAGGUGCACCCGCGCUUCGAAGAAGCUGGCCAGUCUUACGUGGAUGCCCGUGACACGGACAAUUUUGACAAGGAGUUCACCGGAGAGAUGCCUCAGGACUCCUACGUGGACGGCCCCGCCCUGUCCCAGACCAUGCAGCAGCAGUUUGCCGGUUGGUCUUACAAUCGACCGGUGGCUGGUCUGGGCGAUGCAGGUGGUAGUGUCAAGGAUCCCUCCUUUGGCAGCAUUCCCGAGUAA